AUGGAGAAUGGUAAUUUACAAGAAUAUUACUUGAAAUACAAAUUGGAUUGGAAUAAAAAAUUUGAAAUUGCUAUUGAUAUCUGUAGAGGAAUGGCUUAUUUAAAUGCUGUCAACAUUUUACAUAAUGAUAUUAGAGGAAAAAACAUACUUAUUGACAGAAAUCAUAAGGCCAAGAUUGCUAACAUUGUUUUUAAAUCAAAUUAUGCAUCAUGUGACGGACGUAUUCAACUCGAUUUUUUUGAAAAAAUUGCCGAGGAAGAAAUACCGUAUACCAGAGAGAAACUAGACUUUCCAACUAUUUUGAAUCGCGUCGUUAAGGACAAUUAUCGUGAACCAUUCUCCAAAAAUGUACCUAAAGUUUGGCAAGAUAUCGCUAAUGAAGGUGUAGUCACAUUUCCGUCCUCCAAUUUCGAUUAUCUUUAUAAAAAAUGUGACAUGAACAGUAAUGAUAAUUUCGAACUGAUCGAUUGUUUUGAUCUAUUUGAUUAUGACAAUGAUUGUGACUAUGAUAGAAUGGAAGAUGAACCCGAAAAACGUAGAGUCAGUUGUGAAGAGAAUCUUAAAAUAGCAGCGAAAUUGUAUAAAGAAGCUGCAGAUCACGGUAAUGUUGAGGCCCAACUUCAAUAUGGGCUUUGCUUGUGGCAAGGUAAAGGUGUGCAAACAGAUUGGAAUGAGUCCAUAAAAUAUUUAACCUUGGCGGCUGAUAAUGGUAAUUCUAUUGCCAUGUACAACGUUGGAUGUGCUCUUUGGUUGGUUCAAUUGAACUGUGAAAAUAGUUCAUUAGCAUUAGAUAUUACGUAG